AUGGUUGUUUCUGGCCCUGUCGGCGAAGCAGAUUUCAGAGUCUUCGCUUUGUCACCUCUUCCAGACAGACAUGAGCACGAAGACACCUUUCUUAAUAGUGGCGUUAACCACUGUGAUUUGAGUUGUUUCUCCCUUCAAAACUUCUGUUCUCUGUCUGUUACAUUUCGUAUUCAAAAAACUGAUUCUGCUUAUCUUUUCUUCCGUUGUUUCUGGAUACUUUCCAUUUUUGCAUCUGAAAAUGCAUUGAGCCAAGUGAGACCCUCCCAUCUUGCUCACCGUGAAAAGAUUCUCAUCUUCUCUUCUCUAGAGACCCAAAUCUCGAUACCCUCUUGGACAUAUCGCCUCACUUGUCCAAUGUCCACCAGACACAGAAAAAUCAAACAGACUCUCAAGUCUGCACAGACAGUCGAAGAGAUCUUCGAAGCUUUACAAAAAAUGGCAUCUGCUUUUAAUGAGGACUUCUUAUUUAUGGAUUUCGCGAAACUAGCCCUUCAACUGGACCGAGAAGGUGAGGACCAUGAGAAAGGUCUGUAUGAGAGAGUUCUGGCUUUUGGAAAUAGAGCUUUGAAGUUCUUGGAAAGUUGCAAUGAAGCUCCUCUACCAGUUGCCAUGACUUUAUAUGUGAUGGGUUAUGCUAGCAACAGCCUGAAGCGGUUUAAUGACAGCUUAGGGUAUCUAAACAGAGGUAAUAGGAUACUGAUAAAGUUGGAAGAAGAUGGCGUCAAUGCUGAUACUGUUAGGCGUAUUUUUUUUACGCUUCUGAUUGAAUUGGCUAAAGCGAACACUGCAAUGGGGAGAAGCGAGGAGGCUAUUGUCAAUCUUCGAAGGGCUUUGGAAUUUGAAGAGCAAAAUUAUGGGCCAGAAAGCAGGGAGGUUGGCAUGAGGAAUCGGGUUAUAGCACAAAAAUAUGUGGCAGUUAUGAAUUUUAAAGAUGCUUUGCCUUUUUGUUUGAAGGCAAUAGAGAUACAUAAGGCUCAACUAGGGAACAAUUCAAUGGAGGUUGCACAUGAUAGGCUUACCCUUGGGCUUAUCUACAGUGAGUUGGAAGAACAUGAGAAGGCAACAGAGCAACAUGAACUCUUAAAGAAGGUUCUAAAGAAUCAGGGUCUUCAUUCUGAUCAACUUGGUGCUGCCGGUAUGCAGAUUGCCUUGGGGAGGUAUGAUGAGGCACUUUAUACUCUAAAAAAUAUUGUUCAACGCACAGACGAAGAGAAUGAAACUCCAGCUACUGUGUUCCUUUUAAUGGCAAAAGUCUUGUGCAAUCAGGAGAAGUUUGAUGAUUCAAAGAGGUACCUCGAAAUAGCAUGUGGAAUUCUAGACAAGAAAGUUAUUGCUUCCUCUAUAUUAGUUGAAGAUAUUGUUUUCUACAUAUUAGUUGUUGUAGCUUACAUGGAGAUUUCAAUGCUUUAUGAGACAAUGAAUGGGUUUGAAACUGCAAUUGCACCAUUAGAAAGAUGUCUGGCCAUACUUGGGAAGCUUCCAGAACAACAACACUCAAAAGGGAGUGUUUCUGCAAGAAUAGGUCGGUUACUUCUGUUGACAGGGAAGGCGACGCAGGCGAUACCAUAUUUGAAAAGUGCAUCAGAAAUUUUGCAGAAGUGCUUUGGGCCAAAGUACAUUGAAGUGGGGUAUAACUACAACAAUUUGGGUGCAGCAUACUUGGAGUUAGGCAAGCCUCCAUCUGCUGCAAAGAUGUUUUCUGUUGCCAAGGACAUCAUGGAUGCAUCACUUGGCCCUCAUCAUGCUGAUUCGAUUGAAGCAUAUCAGAACCUUUCAAAAGCUUAUGGUGCAAUGGGGAGCUAUACACUUGCAAUGGAGUUCCAGCAGCGAGUGAUUGAUGAAUUGGAGAGUCUUGGACCAAGUGCAGGAGAUGAAUUCAAAGAAGCACAUCGACUUCUUGAACAGCUUAAGAAGAAGGCUCGUGGUUCAUCAUCAGACGAGGUUCCUACAAAGGCUUUGCUUCUGCCUCGAAUUAGUGAAGUUUCCAGUAUGCGGAACUCUAAACCUAAUGCUCAAGUUAGUGAGAAGUGAU